CCAAAGUGGAAAGAGAAGGAUCAUGUGACCAUCAAUACCAUGGCAACUGUUGUGUGGUCAUGGGGAGCAGUUAAGAGAUCCCCGCCCUCCUUGGAGAGCCAGUUGGCGGGAAGGUGGUUGAUAUUCUCUGGUGUGGCACAGAAGAGAAAAUCUGCACGUCAGCCAGAAAUUGAUACCCAAACCAACAAUGGCCAACAUUGUGGUGAAGACUAUCUGGCAGUCCAAGGAAAUUAAUGAAGCUGGAGACACACCAACAGGAGCUGAGAGUCGGGCUCAGGGCAGCAAGGAGCAGCUAGGAAAGCCGAACAGUGUCAACAAGGGCUUCGCCAAAAAGAAGAAAGCCGUCUCUUUCCAUGGGGUUGAGCCCCACAUGACCAAUGAAAACCCCAACCUCAACUUGAAGCGUUCUUCUGCCUGCACAAAUGUUUCACUUCUGAACCUGACUGAUGGGGAGCGUGACGACUCCACCACAGAGAAUGAAUCCACUGAUGAUGGCGGUCCACCCGGGGGAGCAGGUGGUGAAAGAAGGGAUCUCUUGCCCCCCGUCAAGUCAGCUUGGUCUGAGGAUGAGGAUGAUACCUCCAGCCAACAGGAAGUGAGCAAUAGUGGCCUGUUGCGAGCCAAGGACUCCAUCACCAGCCUCAAGGAGAGGACGUCCAAGGUCAACCGCCAUGUUCAGAACCUGCAGAGUGAGUGCUCAGCGCUAUGCGAAAACCUGGAGCGGCGCAGACAGGAGGCUGAGGACUUGGAGGAGUACUGCACUCACCUCAAGGAGAGUUGCCGAAAGGUCACAAAAACUGUAGAGGAUGCUGAAGUUAAGACCAACGUGCUCAAGAAAACCUCAGUACUCCUGGAGGAGAAGCUGCGUUUCUUGCAGCGGCAGGUGCAAGCCGAGGAUCUCAGCCGGCAGGAGCGGGAAUGGCAAGAGCUGGAGCAGCGGGUGGCAACUGGCGUUUCCAAACAGCUCAUGGAAGUGGCCAGCAGCACAGGCACAAUGUCCCUAAAGUCCCCUGGCUUUGAGGAGCUGGAUCUGCAGUGGUCCACUGCCACCAUCCUGGCAUCCAUCAACAGCCUGCGUGGAGCACUGGAGAAUGGGCAGUUGAGAGCAGGGCCAGGGGAGGAGGGGGGUGUCCCCAUUAACGACGGCAAGUUGGCCACAGCCUCCACAUUGGCUUGCAUUCCUCUGCUGGAAGAGAUCAGGAAAUGUGUGGCUGAGCUCACCGGGCGGUCUCAGCGGGAUGGGCUGACCCAGAAGGAGAUGCUGCGCUUACUGGCUCAGCUGGGUGUGCGCCUGGAGGGGGUGCUCCCACAGUGGGAGCGAAUUCAUGUAGAACAUGGCCAGACGCUCAGGAUGCUGCGAGAGGAACUGGAUGAGGUCUCUGCCACGGCAAAGCGGACAUCAUUAUCCCUAACCCAGCUCCGUGCUGACCUGGACGGGCUGUGGCAAGUGAAGCCACUCCUGGAAGAUGUAUCCCGACACCUCUCAGCACUCAAGGGCCAGGAGACACCUGACCGACUCCCCACGAGCUGUGCCAGAUGUGCCAGCUAUAGCUUUGUGAACACAGAGGCAUUGCGGCAGAUGGUUGAACAUGCCAUGGCACCCGUCUUGGAGGAGCUGAAGCAGAGGGCUUCAUCCCCGGGCCUAUGCCCCAGCUGCCAGCGUUUGCAGAAGAAGAUAAUGGAUCUGGAACGGUCGGCCGUGGAUACUCAUGCACGAGUAGAGACACUGAAUUCAAAUGUGCGUCUGGCCCAGGAUGAGGCCCUGAGAGUCAAGAACUAUCUGGAGCGGACAAAGCUCAACCCAGAGGAUAACGUUUCCGGCAUGGGUUACCUCCAAAGCAAGCUGAACGCCCUCCAGUCGCAGCUGUCCCUGACCACCCAGGAAGGAGCACCCCAGUCCCAGAUGACUGUAGCCCUCACCAAGCGGAGCUCUUGCCCUGCUGAGCUCAGUCGUGACUCCCAAUAAAAGAGAGAGAUGGCUGUGA